AGUGCACCAGUGCGGGGACAGCCAGCCUAGGGGGCACUUCCGAGCAGGCGGAGAGGUUCCAAGGGCUGGGAAACGAGAGACAAAGAGAAGGGAGGACAUGAGCGAAGGCGAAGGGGGAGAGCAGGGCAUCAGCUGAGUUAAAUCCCGCAAGGAAAGCCCUUCCCCUCCGGCGCAUCCCUAAGAAGCGCAGGGACAGGUUCCCCCCAACCACCUCCCCCUUUGGGCAAGAAGAACCGAGCGGCCCCAUGGGGAAAGGGGGCGAGCAAGGGGGCGAUUCGGGGGAGCCGGCGGCGCAGAUCCGCUUCUACACCUGGGAGGAGAUCCAGAAGCACAACCUGAGGACGGACAAGUGGCUGGUGAUAGAACGAAAGGUUUAUAAUGUCACCAAGUGGGCAAACAGGCACCCGGGGGAGCGAGUGAUCAGCCACUGCGCCGGAGAAGAUGCCACGGAUGCAUUCCAGGCUUUCCAUAUCAAUCCCACCUUGGUGCAAAAGUUUCUCAAGCCGUUGCUUAUUGGAGAACUUGCUCCAGGGGAGCCCAGCCAGGACCGAGGUAAAAACUCCCAGCUGGUGGAGGAUUUCCGGACCCUGAGGAAGACUGCAGAGGACAUGAAAUUGUUCAGAGCAAGCCCUUUGUUCUUCUCUCUUUACUUGGGCCACAUUAUUGCAAUGGAAGUGUUGGCCUGGCUGAUGGUUUCAUACUUUGGUACUGGCUGGAUCACAACCCUCAUCCUGGCCUGCAUCCUUACAACUUCCCAGGCCCAGGCAGGGUGGCUGCAACAUGAUUUUGGACACCUGUCUGUCUUUAAGAAAUCUUCCUGGAACCACAUCGUCCACAAGUUUGUCAUUGGACACCUGAAGGGUGCCUCUGCAAACUGGUGGAACCACCGGCACUUCCAGCACCACGCCAAGCCCAACAUAUUCCAGAAGGACCCAGAUGUGAACAUGCUGCACAUUUUUGUCCUUGGAGAUACACAGCCUGUCGAGUACGGCAAGAAGAAGCUGAAGUACCUGCCUUACAACCACCAGCACGAGUACUUCUUCCUCAUCUUCCCACCUCUGCUCAUCCCCGUGUAUUUCCAGAUCCAAAUCAUCUCCACCAUGAUCAGGCGCAGGUUCUGGGCGGACCUGGCCUGGGCCAUCAGCUACUACCUGCGCUACUUCAUCACAUACAUCCCCUUCUACGGCCUGCUGGGAUCCCUGUGCCUCCUCACGUUUGUCAGGUUUCUGGAGAGCCACUGGUUCGUGUGGGUCACCCAGAUGAACCACAUUCCAAUGGAAAUUGAUUCUGAGAAGCACAGAGACUGGCUGAGCUCUCAGAUGGCAGCCACCUGCAACAUCGAGCAGUCCUUCUUCAACGACUGGUUCACCGGGCACCUGAAUUUCCAGAUCGAGCACCACCUGUUCCCAACAAUGCCACGGCACAAUUUCUGGAAGGUGAAGCCUUUGGUGAAGUCAUUAUGUGCCAAGUAUGGAGUCCAAUAUGAGGAGAAGCCUCUUGGGAAAGCUUUUGUAGACAUUGUUGGGUCCCUGAAGAAAUCUGGUGACCUGUGGCUGGAUGCUUAUCUCCAUAAGUGAACAUGAGUCUUGCUGGGGAGGUGUGAGUGGCCGGGAGGGACGGGGGGGAGCGGGGGGGAUCACACUCGUGUCUUUUACUCUCAGAUCUCAGUCUGUAUCUACGUGCACGGUCGGAGGGGACUUUCCUGUCUUGUCAGCUGCCUCGGGUUCAACCCAGACAGAUUUCAAAUGUGCUUCAGAGGAUGAAAAGCGACGCCAGUAUUGCAUGAAAUGGAAGGUUGGGAGAGGAUGAUGAGGAAUGUUUAAAAAAAGGGGCAUUAAUAUCCGACCUUGACCUUCUUUUUUCACAAGAUCCAUUCUAAUUUUGCCUAAACCACACAUGCCCUGAUUCACACAUGGGUUUUUCAGCCUCAGAGAAUGUUUGCAAGCCAAGGACCCCCCAGUCAGCUCAUGCCUCUUUCCCAUGUUUGUGUAAAAGAGGAAUCACAUCCCAUGGGACCGGCAGCUGCUGGGCUGUGCUGGGGCUUCCAGCCCUGCCCAGAGCCCAGCUCCCUCCUUUCCUUCUCUAAUCAUAGCAUCCCUCUGGCCAAGCUGUGUCACUCACCCUGCACAACUAACCCCUAACCCUAUUUUUAGCAUCAGCCUCCAUUUCCAGGGGUUUGUAGAAGAUUUUUUGGGCUUAAACAGAAAAAUGUCCCCUUUAGGAGAGGGUCUGUUUUCUCUUUAAUGAGCAGCAGGUCUGGCAUAGCAUUAUGGCUGUCAGGAAAUGACACAAAAGACCAAAACAAGUCACAAAAGCAAAACUUGCUAAUUGCUCAUCAGUGCCCUGGAGGAGCCACAAAUGGGCUUUUCACUGUCCUGGGCUGCAGAAGCACAGGGUUCUGCCUGUCUGCACAUGCCUGGCAGGCACCAAAGUGCUUGUCAGAGGCCAGGAGCCGUGGCACUGUUCACUCUUCCCUUGGGAACCAGCAGAGAAGAAAAGGAGCUCUCCCUGCAAAAGGAGGAGCUGCACAAACAUUUGAUCCCAACCCUUCUGGAAUCAGGACUGACUGGGCUGUGCUUCUGCAGAACCCUCUCCCAAGUUGUCUAAAACUCAGUUUUCUGCCCAACUCCUGAUCACCAAAAUGCACUGAUGGCUUACCAGAUGUGGCUGAACGGCAUCCAGGUGCUCCUGUAACAGGCAACCUGAUCCCAGAUAAAUCCAGGGCUUUGGAUCAGGUGUAAUCCAGUGUGCCUUCUGGGUCAUGACAAAGGGCCGUGGUUUCAAAAGCAGCCUCCAGCUCCCACAGCCAUCUCAGUGCUCACUGGAAACACACACAGGAGGGAGACUCUGGUUACUUUUCAUGCCUCCUUACUGCCCUCAGCUCUGAAACUGGAUCUACUCUAUCAACUCCUUGAAUUCCAACAAUGUGCCACAGAACCAGCGAGGUGCUUCACGAGCAGAGACAACUCUGGGACCCUGGCCAGCGUUUCAAAAAAAAAAAAUGUACUCCCCCCCCCCCCCCCCACUGCCUUCUUUGGAAAAUAAAAUGAGAUUCUAUCUUUGCUUACAGAUGGGAAAUUCAGCAUCAGGAUUGCAACUUGAGCUACCCAGUAGUAGUUAGAGUUUGUAAAGGGCUUGUUCUGGUGUUCUCGGCCACCUGAAUAUCACCAGGAAUGUUCAGGAUGAAAAGCUUCUGUCCCCAGGGUACCUGCUGCUCAAACAGACCUGGAGCAAAUUGAUUUCUAGUAUCAUAAACAACAACAUCCUUCUGGGUGCUGUAAUUUCCCAGACAGACAGUAACAGGCUAGUCUGGAAUCGUGGCUAACCUCAUUAAAAUUGCCUUAAUAUGUA